UAUUAAACGCCCGACCCGAUCAACGAUAAUUAAUAUGAUCAGUUUUGAUCUGUUCUUUUUUCUGUGAUUUUUACUAUAUUAUAAUAUUAUUAUAUUCGUAUAGUUAACGUUUUAUUUGACAAAAUCGAUAAUUAUUUUACAUUGUUUCGCGUACCUACCUACACGUCGAUCGCACCGAUAUCAUGGACCUACACACAGCGUGUACACUGAAUCACCCAAAAGCGAUUGACAUGCUGACUCAAAGCAACAAUUUAAAUAUGGCCAAUAAAAAAGGAUGGACUUGCUUAAUGUAUGCUUGCUAUUAUGGAAACAAAAGUCUUGUCGAUCGCAUAGUAGAUUUAGAUCCAACAACGUUGUUCUCGGUCAAYAGCGAUAAACAAACACCUUUAAUGAUUGCCACCAUGUCCGGUAACGUAUCAAUAGUGAAGAAAACAUUUCAUGUUGACAUUUUGGAGAUGCCUGAUAAACUAGGCAGAACUGCAAUGUUUUAUGCGGUGUUAUACAAUCAAGAAGAAAUAUUGGAGUAUUUUAUUGAAAAACAAGCCAAUUGUAACGUAAUUGAUAACUUCGGUAAGACUAUGACUAUGACAGCUAUCUCUAAAGGAUUCCGGAGAAUAAUGACAUUGUUGUACGAGUAUGGAAAUAAACACGAAAAAAACUUGUUGAAAUCUACGUCAUGGUCAGAAAAAAUAGAAAAGUCCAAAAACAAUCUUCAAAAUGACGAAUGUUUAGAUUAUCACGUGGAAAAACUAUUAAAACAGUUAUCACUUGAAAAAUAUUGGCCAGUGUUCGACAAACAAAACAUCCGAUAUAAUGAUUUCUUGAAGUUAACUGAGCAAGACUUAAAAGAUAUCGGUAUAAAUUUAUUUGGUCCGAGAAGAAAAUUAAUAAUGACUAUUGACAAAUUAAAUGAAUUAAGAUCAUCACAAGAACACUCUAGGAGUUGAAAACUGUAUAGACUUUUUAUUUUAUAUUAACCUUUAUUAUACUGAUGUA